AUGGUUGAACCAGAUGAAAGGCCCGAUCCACCAACAUCUUCGAAUGUAGAUUUUAAAGAUCACAAAAUAGAUCCACAUGGUUCGUUCAAUAUAGAAGAAUCUAAUAAUAUAGGAUUAGAUAGUACUAAUUUACGUAGAAAACACGAAACUAAUACGAGUUCAGAUUUCCCAAAUGGUGUGAAAGAUGGAGAAGUAGAAAAUAAUUCAUUGAAUCCCUUUGUUAACAAAAACCACUCAUUGUACAAUAAAAAGAAUGAAAAUCAUACGAAAAAUAAUCUUGAAAAAACAGGAAACAAUGUAGACCUGAAAGAUGAAAAGAACCAAAAGAGAGCUGAAAAAUCCAACUUAGAUCGCAAAUUAAAAAAGAACAAGAAACAAAAAUUAUCAAAAGAUGUAGUAAAGGAGAGUUAUCUGGACACAAUGGCAGAAGAAUCAGAAGCUUCAGAACUUGAAAGUGACGACGAUUAUGAAGAUGACGAUGACGACGAUGAACUUGGGACUGAAAUCCCAGAAGAACUUAAAGAUUUCAUUACAGAUGAAGUCGUAGAGGAUUACGAGGAAGAAGCAAGCGAUGUGGAGUACGAUCCGUUGAAAUUCGAUGAAGAUGAUUUGGAAUUGAUAGCAGAAAAUACGGGCACCAAAUUAGCAGAAGACGAAUUUGAUGAUGAUGAAGAUAACAAGAGACUAAGGAGGUUGAAAAAAGGAACGAAAAAAGCAGAACCAGAAUUGGACGAACUGUGGUACGACGAAGAAUCAAACCAAGAAUUUGAACUAAGCGAUGUUUGGGCAACAGUAGCAGAGUGUUUUGGGCAAGUUGAUUUGGUUGUCCAAAUACUGAAGAAUGAAAGGAAUCCAAACAAUGUACAAGUGGAACAAUAUGAUUCAGAUUAUGAUCCAAAUACCGACCCUGAUAAUGAUGAGCCAGUUAACGACAUGGAUGAAGAUUUGGUUAACAAAGUUGAAACUAUUAAAAUCACACCUUCAGAAAAUGAAAAGAACUUAGAACAGCUUAUUGAUAUUGACGAGUUGCAAAAUGAGUAUUUAACUAAGGAAGAUGAAGAGAUUAGAAAAGUAGAUGAGCCAGAAAGACUAUAUAUCCGUUACCAUAAUCGUCAGAGGAAAACAGAUGACCGUGAGAUACAGACUGAAGCACAGUGGGUGGCGAGAAGAUUAAUGAACGAAUUUAACAUUGAUUUGUCGAAGGAAAGUGUAAAAAGAACAUACGAAAAGACAUUCCAGGGCACAUACACGAAUAACCACACCUCAGUAGUUAGUGAUGUUUCAGAGAAGUGCGAACUUCUUCUGAACUGGCUACUUAACGAACGCUGGGAAGUACCAUUUAUACUAUACCACAAACGACAUCUAAUUUGUCCCCCACUAACAGAUUCCAUAAUAUGGAGAGUAUAUCAGCUUGACUUGGAGUGGGUAAGACUAAAUACACUAUCGAAACAGAUACAAAGUAAAAUCGGGAAAAUAGGCCACGAAAAUUUAUCAAGCGACAUCUUGUACUACUCUACCAAUUUUGAUCACGUUAAUGACCUAAAUGACGUAAAUAUACACCUCUUGUACCACCACAGGCAAGAAACAGAGGAUUCAGUGCAAGAAACCAAGUAUGCGUCAACUGAAGAAGAUAAAAGCGACGUUACAGCUGAAAUGAACGAAGAACUUCAAGAAGAUAUGGAACACAUAGAGAAAGAAUUCGAGUACGAAUACGAUGAUAUUUUUGGAGAUUUUGAACCAAUUGAUGACCCGACACACAAUAGAUCGUUACCGUCAACACCAAACACCCCAAAUCCGAACAUAGAUGAACCUGAAGAUAUUACAGAUGAGUCCGAUGAAUCCAACGAUGAAAAGGCUUCAGAUGAUGUUCACUCUAACCCUGAAUCAGGAUACGAAAGUGAAGAUAGCGCAGAUAUGGCAAUGGACAAUGAUGAUGUGGAUGAACUUGAUCAUUAUAAUGGACUAAAUGAUGAAAAUAGAGAAUUAAGAGGUGAUUUAAAAGAAGUGGACAGAAUGAACCAUUUUGACCACACAAAAAGUGAAAAUAAAUUUACGGAGAACCGCACAAUUUAUACGAUAACGGGUAAUAUGACCAAUCAUAUGGAUGAGGGUGAGGAAAAAAUAGUUGAAAAGCCUGUUCCUAGUGUUAAAUUGAAGAAAAAUACGUCAGUAUAUUUGGUAGAAAAUAUUGAAAAGUAUGGGCUGGACGCGAUUUGCAAAUCAAUUCCAACGGCAGACCAGUUUUACAAGUUGUUGGACAAACAUCUGAUAAAUACAGGACACAGAGAUUUUAGAGUGACAGUGGAUGUUAAAGAUGUAGAUGUUGAUUUGAGUGUAAUGAAUUUUGAUCUAGAUAUUGAUCAACUUUUCUCAACACACACAACAGGACCGUUUUCAACGAGUAAGCACCUGUUCAACUCACUAGUGGACUACUAUUGCAUUAAAUAUAGCACCCACAUCUCGAUCAGAAGAUUAUUCAGAGAAUAUUUCAAAAACUAUUGUAGCAUAACUUGCGUGACGACAGUGAAGGGAGAAGAGUCAUUGGAGGUGACAGACAGUACUUGGUUUAUUAAGAGAAUGAUGUGUCUGCCAGUGAAUAAGCUACUUAGAACACUACAAAUACAUUACAACUACCCAUAUUACCUGGAUAAGACAGAAAGGCAAGCAUACGUUCAGAGAAAGACACAGAAAAUGAAGAUGCAAGAACUAUACUUGCAUAUCCUGAAGUUGCAAGAAAACGGAGAAAUCAACGUUUUGUUACACCCACUGACGCCGUAUGAUAAUUCGUACAUUAAGUCUGAACAUUAUACGACCAGAUUAACAAAUUUGUACAACACCAUUGGUAACACAGUGUCAGCCGAAUAUGAAACAGAUAACGUAAAGAAUAUAAUAAAUAAAGAGUCGCUGGCCCUGAAUGAACUCUACGAAGGUGACCAAAGGUACAUUAAUGGAAUGGUUAGACAAUUGAUGGGUCUAUUCCAAGCGUUUAAGCAUAAAGAGUUGGAAGCCGAGCAAAGCAUUUCGUAUGAAAACACGGACACGUUUGUGUCAAACACGCUGGACAUGAACACAAUGAGCAACAACUUUCACCUGUAUAUGUCGAAAACAAUACUGACGAAGUUGUUUCACAAGUACCUGAUACCAAUAUACAAGAAGGAAAUCAAAGAAUUAUUGUACCAGUCAUCAACAAACACAGUUCUGUACAACAUUCAGCUAAAUUUCUUAAAUCAGCUGGAUAUGAACACAUGCAGCCUUCCAGAUAAAGUAGAACAAGAGUCACAAAAGGAGAGUAAAGAAAAGAGCAAUAGAAGAGGAUUUAGCACUAUUGAAAGAAAAAACUCACAACCCACUGAUAGAAGUGAAAUUGAGCUGACGGAAAAUAGUGACAGCGGAGCAGUAAUGACACUCAUAACAAAUAAUGAAGGACUUGAUAUAUACAUGUGCAUAUACGGAAGCAGCUCUAUAUAUAUAACAAAGUUCAGUAACAUCCUCAAGUAUAUGGUGGAAAAUGAGUCAGAUACUAGAUAUAACAACGCAGUCCUUAAUGACUGGUACAAGAUGAUAAUAGAUUUAAUAGUAAAGUAUGAAGUUACAGUAAUGAUUGUUGGGCUGACGAACCUAUACUCGCUAAACCUGUAUUACGCACUUCAUAGAAAUGUACACAAGUAUAAUGACGUGAGACUUAUCAAGUACAGCGUAAACGUUUCACACCUGAUUGUCAUCAAAUAUAUUAAUUCAAACAAGGUUAAAACUGGUAGAAAAAAUAAAUCAAACUCAGUUAACGCAUCUGUUGGCAUUGGAGGUUUAGGAAUUUCCGAAGGGCUGUAUAACUCAUUGUAUUACAUAUUAUUAUCGUUGAGUACAAGUAAACUAUACAGGAAUUACACGUUUGAGUUGGUGGGACUGUGGGACGAGAAAGAUAAUUACUUGCUUAAGCUUAAUUAUCACCACUUGCAGAGCAUGGUCUCCAGAGAUAAACUCCAGGAAUAUAUAGAAUAUGUCCUUAUGAUGUGGAUAAACAAGUACGGAAUACACAUUAACACGAUCUUGGGGUGUCAUAAGAACCCUGGCCUGAAUGUCCUGUACGGGAAUACUAUAACGAUUUCAGAAUCAGACUAUAUCAACAACUACAUUUACUAUAAACAGAAUAUACAAACGUACCUUUCAUUUAUCUCAGGAUUAGGGGUCAGAAAGGCACAGAUGCUCCUGAGUAAAAUGAGGAACUUUGCGCCAAAUAGCAGAAAUAACAUGCUGGAGAUUGUGGGAAACAUAGUCUUUCAUAACAUGGCAUCAUUCAUAAGGUUCAGUAACUCAAUAGACUCACUGGACAUUACCAGAAUACACCCAGUGGAGUCGGGAUUCAUAGCACAGAAGCUGUGUAAUGGGUCGUUGGACGAAAAGAUGGUGGGAGAAGAUGCAAUCCAGGAAAUUUUAAACAACCCGUCCAAAUUAGACGAGUUGGACCUAGAGUCCUACUCAGUGCUCUUGUACCAGAAGCAGGACAUGACAAGGAUGUUUCCAUACCUUCUUUUCAUUAAACAUGAGCUACAAUUUCCCUAUCACCCGAGAAUCACAGACCCAACUGACACUGCACAAUUGAACGGAAUUGACAAGCAUCUGAGUUCUAGUCAUUUGGUGGGUUCUUUGGACGAAUAUGAGACAUUUUACAACGUACUAAAGCUUGAAAAGAAUUUGUUCAAACAUGGAACAAACGUACUCUGCAAAUUCAACAGCUACUACAACACUACCAGGUAUAACCUGACAAUACUCCCGCACCAACUGAAAGGAAACGCCACAGAUAUGCACCAUUUCAAGAUGGAAUUAAACAAAUUCAACAACCCAAACACACACAAUACAAACCUUACAAAUGAGGUGUUUUAUGGAAGAGUACUGGAAGUGGAUUACAGACCAUUGGUGCUGGAUAAUGGAAUGUAUAACUACAGAGUGGACAUUUGUUUAACUAACGGAAAUAAAAAAAUGGUGCUAAACAGGUUCCUGAAUGACCUGAUUGAUGACAAUCUAGGGGAUUAUCUAUCUCCGCUCGUCAAGUUUGACAUUAACUACAACAAGUACAAUAAUUUACAAAAUGUUAACAAGAGGAAGCUACAAUACAGAAGGAAUAUCAGACACCCACUAUACAGGAUUUGGAAUCACCAAAAAGUUUUAUCAUACCUAAAGCAAAUAGAUGUACCAAUUGGAGAGUGCUGCAUAUGUCCAAUGAAUGAGUUGGAUAAGUUGAAUUUGAUAAUCAAAACAUGCAAUGAUCCGUUCAACUACGUGACGUUUGUGAUACACGAGAAGAACCAGAGAAUACCAGGCGAGUUGGGCAAGGAACUGUACCUGCAAAACGAAAAAUACAGUAAUCUAGACCAAAUAUCAUCGCAGUUUGUGGAAAUCCUGAAACUCAACCUCGAGGAGUUUUAUACGCACCCGAAGUUUAGAAGUAACCCGGACAUCAACAAGGUGGAACGUGACCUGAUACAGGAAAGUUCUUUGAAACCAGACAAUAUAACAUGGGCAAUAGUACCUUCAAUGAGGAAGGGAGUAAACAACCCACUCAAGUUCAUUUUAAUAGUGAUACCACCAGGAUUUAACCUGAUCUCAGAAGUUAAAAGUCUCCAGGACCCAAUCUAUGUUACACACAGGUCAUUCAGACUCUGGACUCACGAAGAAAAAUCUUUAAAGCAAUUGAUUUCAUGGUGGAAAGAAUACGGAUAUUGGCACCGGAAUUCUGAAAAGAAUAAAUUCUACCAACAACACAAAUAA